ACUCAGUAGUCCAGUCGACAUCGGACCCUGUUCUAAGGCAUGCCCUGACCUUGCGCAUGCCCAUGUCCUCGUCGAGGACAAAGUUCCACCGGCCGAAGCCAAGCACCACGGGCCGUAGUUUCUCACCUCUCCGUCACUCAGCUAUAGCUUAGCACACUAUUUAAGAUGAUGCUCCCGCUUUUAAACGACACUGCAGACUCGUCGGAAUGCCUCAAGAAGCUGUCGCGGCAACUGGCCCGGGGCCAUCCGGCCCAGAAAGAUAUUGAGUUACUCCUCACCGUCCUCGAAGAUCCUCUAUUGCGUACGGUCCUGCAAAUUAAAAAUUCGCUGGAUGAUUUGAAGGUGCUGGUGCAUAAGCACCCCUCUAUUCUUCCGCGUGAUUUCGACAUUCUUCGCGAUGGUACUUUAGAGUACCGAUGUGACGAUGACACCAAUCCCACAACGAGUCAGGCAGCUGCCUCCAAUGCUGUUCCCGCGUCAGGAGCCGUUUCGCAUCAGGGCGGCGAUGAGGGCAGCGGCUCUGGCUUCGGGGAGCGUUUCCUGGCGGUAGAUCUGAUGAAAGCUGCGGAUGGAGACCUCGGAAUAACUGUCGGCAUAGUGAACGGAGAGGACGGUGAUGUGCACUUCUACAUUAAGCAAAUCCACCCCGAUAGCGUCGCGCAAAAGGAUGGGCGACUGAGCGAAGGCGACAAGGUCGUGGCGAUCAACGGUAACCGUCUCAGCGGAGUGAGCUAUCGGGAUGUUGUACUUUUGCUCCAGGAAGCCUCUGGACUCGUGAGUCUGCUCGUAGAUCGUCAACGGAACCUGCUUCUCGGUGGGGGCGGUGUUUACCAGACGGCUGACAACCUCGUCUGGACUAGCGAGGGCCACUACUCACACCCGCAACCCCAGAACGCGGGCGAGUUCGUUCCAGAAAUGGUGCUGAACACCGAAUGGGCGCAGGUGGAAGCCAUCGAGCUGGUGAACGACGGCACUGGCCUCGGUUUCGGAAUCAUUGGAGGCCGAAGCACUGGAGUCGUCGUGAAAACCAUCCUACCCGGAGGGGUCGCUGAUAGGGACGGACGCCUACUGAGUGGGGACCACAUCCUUCAAAUCGGCGAUGUCAACCUCAGGGGAAUGGGCUCGGAACAAGUGGCAGCUGUUCUCCGUCAGGCUGGAACGAACGUGCGGCUCGUGGUCGCUCGACCAGUUGACGCCUCGGUCGCCGCUGGAGUCGAAGACCUCGCGGCCCCUGUGGUCCCAACGAGAAUAUUGGCCGAUGCCGAUGAGGUCGAACGUCGCCUCAGUAUGUUUUCGAACAAAAACAAUGGUCCAGAAGACAACAGCGUGCCCACGUCCACAAUAACCGGAACCGAAAACGUGACCGCGAUAGAGCAUUCGACGAACUCAGCGGCGGCGCUAGCAAGUACUACCUUGAGUUUGAGCGCGAGCUCAGGAGCUGCCCUCUCCCUCGGGCACUCGCCGGCGCAGAAUUCCACGUCUCAGAGCGGCAAGCUCAACCAGGAGGAUGUAUCUCACGAGAUGCAGAAAGAACUCCUCAGCUUGAUGGGACUCGACCAGCUCCCCGAAAUGGAGACCUUUGAGGUCGAGUUGGUCAAAGAUCAGCAGGGUCUUGGCAUCACGAUCGCUGGUUACGUCUGCGAGAAGGGUAAAGAUGAGGAAAUUUCCGGAGUUUUUGUCAAGAGCAUAGCGAAAGGAAGUGCCGCAGAUUUGAGUCGAAAGAUCAGAGUCAAUGACCAAGUUAUCGAAGUCGAUGGAAGACCCCUCCAAGGAUACUCGAAUCACCAAGCCGUCGAGCUCCUACGAAGCACAGGAAAGGUGGUGAAGCUUCGGCUGGCGCGGUAUCUGCGAGGGGCCAGGUAUGACCAGCUACAGCAAGCAAUUCAAGCGGAGUCAGGAGUCGGUGCCGGUGUUGCAUCUCCUCUCGACUUCGUUCCGUCGACGGGAACCGCAACAAAUGCUACAACGAACCUCAACAUUCAAUCCACUGCAGCGAUUGCUAAUCUAGACAAUCUAAUCCACGGAGUAGCCGAGACCGAACAAGAAAAAAUCCAAAAGUGGCAGAACGUGUUUGGCGACGACUACAUAAUCGCAGUCGCUCAACUCUGCAAAUUCCACGAAGGAGGAGGUCUUGGAAUAUCCCUCGAAGGAACGGUCGACGUGAACGAACAGGGCGAAGAGGUCCGACCUCACCACUACAUCCGGUCAAUCCUACCAGACGGUCCGGUAGGACUCAACGGAGUUUUGCGGAGCGGAGAUGAGCUCGUUGAAGUCAACGGCCGUCAAUUGUUAGGUCUCGAUCAUCGGGAUGUGGUGAACACUCUUAAAGAUCUGCCCUUGAACGUGGAGAUGGUUUGUGCUCGCGCCAAAAGCAGCCUCACCGCUAUCAGUAUGAGCUCCCACGCUCACUCUUCGAAAGCGAAAUCCGAUACAUCCCUAAACAGGUACAGUUCGGAGGACGAAGAAGCUGGUGCGAUAGGUGGGGCAAGCAGCGGUCGGGCUGAUGGCGUAGCGGCCGGAUUAGCAAAACUCAAGUUGAGAUCUCGUUCCUUGGAGCCUUUGAGCGGACUGGCGAUGUGGAGCAAUGAGCCUCAGAUCAUCGAGCUCAUCAAGGCUGAGCGGGGACUGGGCUUUAGCAUCCUAGACUACCAGGAUCCCAUGAAUCCCAACGAGACCGUGAUCGUCAUUCGCAGUCUGGUGCCCGGUGGGGUGGCCCAACAAGAUGGUCGACUCAUCCCAGGCGACCGGUUACUGUUCGUCAAUGACGUUUUACUUGAGAACGCCUCGUUAGACACGGCGGUACAAGCACUGAAAGGCGCCGCUAAGGGACCCGUCCGGAUAGGAGUAGCUAAACCCCUGCCGCUGCCUUGCCCCCACGAAGGUAACUCCUCCCAACAGAACCCUCAUCCGAACUCGCCAACGUUAGCUGCGCUGGUCAAAUCUGAGAGCUUUUGAGCAGAUUAUCAUCUGAAUCAAUUAGCGAACGAAGGAAACAACAACAACAAACAAAGAAAAUGACAGCCACAAAUCGCCCAAGUGAAACUGCCAUCAGCAUUCCAUCGAGAGAGACUUCAUUUAAACUAAUCAGCCACUCGAGAACAUCUCUAUGGUACGACAUUCUGCCACUUGCACCUGUUAACCCACCAAAUGAGAACAUUGCUUGUACCUAAUUGCAUUCAGUUCGAUUGAAAUGUCUCCCUCCUCUUUUCUCUGACGUCGAAAAUCGAUUGUGCGGGGCCCGAUUCUAUCAAAGUUUGUGAGAAGCCCCAAAACACCGGCAAAGAUUCCAAGUCGACGACGUAUUCAGAAAAGGGAGGCUCGGGGAACCCCAUCGCAUCGGUCUUAUCGACGUCGAUUUGGAAUGAAACGACAAGAAUGAUCCAGAACAUCUCGACGCUCUGAGGCGCAAAACCUCACACCUUCGACGAGUGUGCCUGAGUCGGAAUGUGUAGAAAAAGCGAGAGUCAUCAAAGCGAGCAACAAGUAGACGAAGGAGAAUAUCAAAUGAGUGUACUGGGAGUAAAAAUGACGGAUUGGUGAAUUUUGAAGAAACGGAUUGGUUAUCUGUA